AUGGCUAAGCGUCUAUUCGGAACAAUUCCUUAUAUUCUCCACCCACGCAAAAUCAUCCCUAAUACAAGACUAACUCUCGCACGCCCUAUUUCGACGUUCCAGAAAAUACCUAAGCCCUGUGAUCUAUUCGAGUACACCUAUAAUGAUAAUUUGAGACGACACGAGAGAAGACAAGUUUUCAAUAUCUCUGGACUUAAGCGCCUUGCUACUCUAGCUGGAGGCUUCAACCGGACUUUUCUGAUCACUAUACGAGAUAGCUAUCGAUUUAUUGCACAAAUUCUAUAUCCGGCUACCGAACUAAGAUUCCUAUUAGUCGCGAGUGAAGUCGCAACGCUAGGUUUUCUACGUGCUUAUAGUAUCCUAGUACCGAAGGUUUUUAGCUACUCUACUAUUGCAGAUAAUUGUGCGGGUACAGAAUAUAUAUUUAUAGAGUAUAUCUAA